ACAUGAUAACGCCUAGUUCGAACACCGGGUUUUUCCCUCGUUUGUGAACUCGCGGAAUUUAGAAACUUUAUCAGCGCAUGCACAGUGACAUCUUCACUCAGUCUCCACAAUUUCACGAUCAUCAUGGGUUUCAUCACUGAACUUGAUCUGCGGAAUCUUUAAAGUUGCCGUAGAACUUAAGAUUUUAACUUCCUAUUAACACGAUUAAGCCUGCCGUUUACAGACCGAGGCAGAUUCCCUGAGUAGGACAUUAUAACGUCUAAAACCGCGGCUACACGUAAACACCUUGAUGUGCUUGCCCUCGCUCGUCAAACACGUGGUUUAUAGGGGAUAAUUAUGGAUCUAACAUGAUGUAUUAACUCAAGACAACAGAUGGAAUCUUCUGACAAAUGAUAUCAGUGACGAGAUACACUUAAAACAUUCUUCAUGGCUUCCAACACCGUAGAGGACUUGUCUACGUUAGAUCAUUUCGACAAUGAUAUCUUGCUUCGAUGCCUUGAGGAGAGUUACACAAAUGACAACAUAUAUACAUACGUCGGGGACAUUCUAAUUGCUGUCAACCCGUGUUCGCCGCUCUCAAUAUAUGGCCCUCAGACCCGGCGCAAGUACCGCGACCUGCGUGUCAGAGGAAGCCAGCCUCCACACGUUUACUGGGUGGCAGACAACGCAUACAGAAGCCUCAUGGAGACACAUCUGAAGCAAUGUAUUGUGGUUACCGGAGACUCCGGAGCUGGUAAAACCGAGACAACCAAGUACGCCCUGCAGCACCUCAUAGAACGCGCUGACAAAUGCGCUGUGCCUGACCUUGUGGACAAGCUUUCUCGGGUCAACCCCCUGAUAGAGCUAUUUGGCAACGCAUCCACGGUCUUUAACCAGAAUUCAAGCCGGUUUGGCAAGCUGAUAGAGUUGGCGUACUUACCGGACGGCACUCUCGUUGGAGGGAAGCUGCAGACGUUUGUUUUGGAAAAGUCGAGGGUUGUGUGUCAUGGCCUUGGGGACAAAAACUUCCAUAUCCUCCAUGCCAUGUUUGCUGGUAUGGAAGAAAGCAAACUCCAGUGCUACUUCAUUGAAGGUGCAGACACAUAUAGAAUCCUUCAAGAGGUGGGUGCACAACCGCACAAUUGCUCCGGGACAUUUAGAGAUGCGGAAGAAGAAAAAGAAUUUGCAGACAAAUUUCAAACAGGAAUGUCAAUUCUGACCAAGAUCGGUUUCUCUGAUCAGGAAGUGUACCAGUUAAUACAAAUGCUAGCUGCAGUCCUUCACAUCGGUAAUAUCGAGUUCCAGGUGGACGAGGAGACAGGAGGGGUGGCUAUCGUUGACGAAGUCUACGUCUCAAUUGUUAUGGAGAUACUUAACCUGGGAGAAGCGAAUUCUGCGUCUCUCAUCAGCGCCCUGAUAAGUAGACCUCGUGUCGUCAUGGGUGAAACGAUUGUUUCCUUCAAGACGAUACAACAGGCCGAGGAUGGACGUGACGCUCUUGCCAAAGAAUUGUAUAACAGUUUAUUUAAUGGGAUUAUUGACCGUAUAAACCGGGAACUCCGGCCUGAGCAAAGUAGCGCCGGGGAUGGUCACUCACUGACUAUCGGAAUUCUCGACAUCAGCGGAUUUGAGAACCUCAGACUGAACUCUUUCGAGCAGCUUCUUAUUAACAUGACCAACGAAAGGCUACAUCAGUACUUCCAGCAGCAGAUCUUUGACGCUGAGCGUGCAGAUUACAAGAGAGAAAACGUGUCAUCAACUGACGUCACAUUUAAAGACAAUGGUGAUGUGUUGAAGCUUCUUUUCGAGUCUCCGGGGGUACUGUCUAUUCUGGAGGAAGAAGUCGCUGUCCCUAUGGCCAAUGAUAAAUCUCUCGUUUCCAAAAUGGACAAGUUCCUCAACAGUUCACCCAGUUACCACAAGAAGAACCAAAUGUUAAUGUUUGGGAUCGCUCACUAUGCCGGGGAGGUGGAGUAUACUGCUGACGGCUUUCUGAAGAAGAACAAAGGAACAUUGUCCAAAAAUCUCCGUGGCUGCUUCCUCUCAAGUGAAAAUAUGUUUGUCAAGAACUAUUUCACAGAAAACUUCCUGUUCCGAAACGAGUCUGGACGGGGAAGUUUAAGAGGAAGCUUCCGGUCUAGAUUAGAGGGAAAGAAGAAAAGAGGAAGGCUGAGCACUAUCGGCGAAGAAAAAUUAGAGACAAACACCAGUGGCAACAAAAUGUAUGAUAGCGUAGCCACUCAGUACAAGAAAUCACUGAAAUGCUUGAUAGACAGAAUAUCCACUGCCAAGCCAAACUUCAUAAAAUGUAUAAAACCCAACUUGGCGCUCACCUCCGGCGAAUUUGAUCGUCGAUUGGUCAAUGAUCAGCUCACUAGCAGCGGUUUGUUGGAAGUUGCUAAGAUUCGGAGAGACGGAUAUCCGGUCAGAAUGAAGAUCGAUAUCUUCCGGAAAAGAUAUCACGUGAUUCCCGAAGACAUACAUCUGGAGGAGGAGGACGGCAAGAAGGCUGCUGAGGUCAUCGUGCAUCAUUGUGGGGUCAAAGAUUACAAAAUAGGAAAGUCCAAGAUAUUCUUGAAACAAAAUGGAAUUGAUGAAAUAGAGAAGACACUAGCUGCAAUGCUCGAAGCAAAGAAAGAGCGACAAAAAGAAGAAGAAAGACGGAAAAGGCAGGGGUCUUACAAGCGACAUGAUGAUAACUUAGACACAAUAAGUGAAGCUGGCUCUGUGAGUUCCGGAUGUUCAACGCACUCUAACGGCAAGGGGUCGAUUGAAAAACCACCGUCAUAUUCUGCUCUCUCGGACAUAGAAGCAGAUCAAAAGAAUCCUGUUGAUGCAAGUGGUUUGCCACCGAAGAAAUCAUCCAUCAACCCCUCCGAAUUACAGGAAGACCUUCCAGCUUAUGACGUUUUCCGGAUUACAGAACGAGACGUAGACGAAUCAAACGUGUUUGAGGAACGUGCGCUGAAGAUUAUGAGACUUUCUACAUAUGUUCUCUUGUUUCUGGGGAUUCUGGGUACCGGAACAGGAAGUCUGUUGGGAGUUUUGAUGCUUACAUCAGGUAUCAGAUUGGACAGUACCCACAAGUCCGAACUGACCACAGAGAUUCUAGUCUGCUUUAGUAUACCACAAGGGAUCACCUGUCUCGUCUCAUUCCUCAAGAUUCUCUUCGGUCGGAAGGAAUGGCCAAAAUUAUCAUAUUUAUUCUUUGCAUUGCUGUUGAAUGGAGCACAAGCUUGUGGCAUGGGGUUCCUCGUGUAUCGAGUUCUCCCAGAGUAUGACACCAUAUCGGGAAUAACACUAAUGCUUGCCUGUGUUCAGCUACCGACGUUACUGAAUAUACAUCGACAAAUUUUCAGGCAUCGAAAAUUAAAGUUGAAGUUCCUCAAAAGACUACUUGUAGCUACUUUCUCUAUCAUAGCAAGCCUCAUACAAUUCGGGUUUAACCCAAUAGUUUAUGUAACAGAAAUAUUUGUGCCAGCAGAUUCCACGUCUAAAAAUAUAGUGUUUCUGACAGUGUCUAUUUUUCUUGUAUCUUUCGGCUGGUGCGAAUCAUUUGCUGGAGAAGAUAUUGACAUCAUUUGUAUGAAUGUUCCGUUAAAAAAAUGGAGACAGCAAAUAUCUCGAUGUCGAGAUAAAACAAAUUUUCUAGCAUGUCCACUUAAAGUUGGAAUAUUUUUUCUGUGUGCCCAUCAGCUAGUGCCCGAUGUGACGUUUGCUUUUCCCUUACCAGUGACGUACACUGAUACACAUAUUCCAGUACCAAACAGUACUGAAACGACGGUUGCUCAGACGGCUGUGACCCAGUCGUUCUUCGACAGGUAUACCCUGCUCCUGAUACAAGUGUCAUCCGGUUACGUGUGCAGUUAUCUUUGUGGAAUAGCGUGUAAGAUCCACAUGCAACGAUUCUCGUUCUGCCUUUCUCUACUGCUUGUCCCGAUGCUUUCCAUUGGUUUAACCAUAUGGCUGUGUAUUGGAGGUCAGGAGUCACUACCGAUUUUGGAAGGAACUGUUGCGUGUCCGGCUAAUCUCUCAUUUGAUGGUUUGAAAGGAAUACUCGGUGUUGCUCUUGCAUUGCUGGUGUCCCUUGUGAUGUUAACUUUGCAUGUUUGGUUUCCGUCAACAGAACGCAUGGCGAAGCUGGAAAGGUUGUUCUGCCUUCCGAUGUGGGAUGGCAUUUUCACCGCUUUUAACGUCCUGUUGCGAAGAAAAAAUGAUCUGAUGGAGAAAGAGACCGAACGCAAAAGGGUUGGCUCUCGCACGAAAGAGGAGAAGAAGGCACGCCCUAUGGUCAAUAUUUGUGCGACAAUGUGGCACGAGACCAGACAGGAAAUGCUUCAGCUCCUUAAAUCACUUUUCCGGUUAGAUAGAUACUACUCACAAAACAUUAAUGCAGAAAAGGGCUUUGGUGUAGAACGGGACUACUUUGACAUGAAGAUUCAUAUUAUAUUCGAUGAUGCAUUCUUCAUUGAUCCCAAAACAAAACAACGAAUGACAAAUGAAUACGUCCAGCAGCUUGUGGAAUGCAUAGACCAAGCUUCGAUGUCAGUUGCCAAAGGCCGGAUUUUUUGGAACAACCAUCCAAAAAAGUUCACAACUCCUUACGGUGCGAGGCUUGAGUGGACACUUCCAGGAGGUAUUCCUAUGUUCUUCCAUUUAAAGGACAAAACUAAGGUUCGACACCGAAAAAGAUGGUCACAGAUUCUAUAUUUGUACUACCUUCUCGGAUUUGAAUUGAUGGGCGUAGGAAAUGAAAGUGACAUUUUAAAUAAGAAGAGAUCACGUCAAAGGGUGAAGACAUUCACUUCCCUCCUAAAUAAAAUUCCUCCACACAAGAUCAAACAGGCCUAUAAUACCUACAUUUUAGCUCUGGACGGCGACGUCGACUUCCGACCCGACGCUGUUAAACUUCUUAUUGAUCGGAUGCAGAAAAACGACAAAGUUGCGGCUGUAUGUGGACGUAUCCAUCCCAUAGGGAGUGGUCCAAUGGUAUGGUACCAGCAGUUUGAGUACGCCGUCGGUCAUUGGCUGCAGAAAGCUGCGGAGCACGUAUUUGGUUGUGUGCUUUGCUGUCCCGGAUGUUUCAGCCUGUUUCGAUUUGCCGCCCUUAUAGACGACAAUGUUGUUAAAAUGUACACAACCCCGCCAUCUGAGGCCAGACACUAUAUCCAGUUUGAACAAGGUGAGGACAGAUGGUUGUGUACUCUAUUACUUCAACAAGGAUGGAAAAUUGACUAUUGUGCAGGCGCAGAUUCUUGGACAUUCGCCCCGGAAUCAUUCAAGGAAUUCUUCGUCCAGAGACGACGUUGGGCUCCAUCUACCAUGGCAAAUAUACUUGAUCUCCUGUCAUCUUGGAAUUCUACUGUCAAAAUGAAUGACAACAUCAGUACAUUAUUCAUAUUCUACCAGUUGGUUUUAAUGGGCUCCAGUAUUUUGGGACCCGGGACUGUGACAUUGAUGAUUGCAGGAUCUUACGCUUCUGUUUUUAGUAUCAACAUGUACUACGCGUUGUUAUUGUCCCUGACCCCGGUCGUUAUCUUUAUCGGAAUAUGUCUGAAGUGUAAAAAUGAUACCCAGAUCAUGGUUGCUGGACUGUUGUCUUCCGUAUACUCAGUAGUCAUGGUAAUAGUGACGGUCGGGAUGGUGCUCAACAUGGCUACAGAAUCGUUCCUGAGUCCUAAUGUUAUCUUUUUAGUUGGCUUGUCCGUGAUAUUUUGCAUUGCUGGUAUAUCUCACCCUAAGGAAAUCUUGUGUCUUGUUCACGGCAUCAUCUACUAUUUGACCGUUCCAAGUACGUUCAUUUUCUUAACUAUUUAUUUUCUGUGUAACCUAAACGUCGUAUCAUGGGGUACAAGAGAAGGGCCAAAAAGAGUAGACUCUGAAGAAGAGGAACGCAAGCGACUAGAGGAAGAAGAAGAAAAACAAAAGAAAAAGAAAAAAGGUGGGAAAUUACUCCGUGCUCUUGGUUUAUCGACAUUUUUUCACGAAGCUGCAUCUUUGAUAAAACACGCCUUAGGAGGUAUACAGGAAGAAAAGACUGUGUCGGAGAAAUCAGAUCCAAAAGAGGAAAUUGAAGCAGCAAUUGUAAAGCGACUAAAGGAACGCCGACCUACUCUACCUAUACCACAACCAAAGCCAGCCGAACCAGAACCGGUAAAAACUGAGAUUAACCCAGGAGCGUGGGGUGAGGCUGAUUUCCUUGGAACCGAGAAAGUUCAAGAUAUUUUUAAACAGGAAGAGGAGUUUUGGCAGUACACAAUUAAGAAAUAUCUGGAGCCAAUAAACGAAGACAAAGACAAGCAACUACAAAUUAAGGACGAUCUUACUAGUCUAAGAAACAAUGUAGUGUUUGGGUAUUUUUUGAUGAAUCUUUUAUUCAUGAUUGCAAUAUUUCAGUUGCAACUAAAUGAAGAACAACUGUCUGAGUUCUUCAUUUUAGGAGAAUACGAGCCGUUAUCAUUGGCAUUUCUCAGCGUCUUUGCCAUUGUACUUCUGACACAGUUCGUCGGAAUGCUUCUUCAUCGCUGGGGAACGUUCCUUCACCUUAUGUCUAGCACGCGCAUAGGACUAUGUACACGAAAUUUUGAAGAAGAAUAUGCUGAAGUCGCCUUUAAGGAAGCGGGUCGACUUCAAACCGGGGAUCCAGAACCAGAUUAUAUAGAAGAUCUUGAUAGUGACACAGAGGGUGGAUCCUCGAGGAGCAAUACUUUAGUACGAUGUGACGGCAUUCCGGAGGAUCCACCAGACUACCCGGAUGACGAUCAGUCGGUCAUACUUCCUGCCACAACAGUGCCUCGUGGAUGGGAAGGUAACAUACCAGAACCAGAUUACGAGGCUCUGGAACCUGAUUAUCCGUCAAAUGACCAUCGGGAACAGGAAAGAACCCCCCAUCACCGUUACCAAAACGCUUACGAACGUAAUUUCUCGAAGAGGUUUGAGACCAUGAGAAACAUGUACCAGAAACGGUACCAGAGACGAAUGAGUCAGGUGAAUGGUCUUAACAAUACAAACAUAAGUAGACGGGAGGCUCUGUACAACCGGUCUCUUGAAAGGGGAAUGAAACGACGACAGAGUGUAAUCGCUUAGACCAUAGUCUAAUUUUGCCUUUUAUAUAACUGAACAGUACCCGAGUAUACCUAAUUAGAACUCUAAAUUGUCCCACUAUCAUAAGCAAAACAAAAAUACUGAAGGUAAAUUUCCUCAAAAUUGGCUAAUUUCAACUAUUAUAUACAUCAUAUAAUAAUGAAUUUCACAAUAUUUGCUGGCAUGUUUAUUUGAAAGCAUAAAAAUUAGUUAAAACUACGUUCAGAGCAUGAAUAUAAUUAACAUUUUUGUGAAUUUAAAAAUGAUUUUCAAACUUGAAUACAUUUUCUUUACAUUUUCAUAUGAUACUGGGACAGAGGCAAACAAGAAUUGUCUCAAUUCCUUAAUCAAUUCCAUUAAUGAAACCUAUUUUAUCGAUUGUAUUUAAAUCGAUUGAGUGGUGAGCUGUGUCUGUGAUACAUUGUAAUAUAAUUCUAAAUUUCAUUUUGCACUUUGUUAUAGGGUCUGUGAUGGGCUAAUAGUAGCAUAUGUGACCCAAAAAACAGCUGUUACUACAUGUAUUAGUAUGGAAAGCUAUUUUUCCAAGAGGCUACUUUUAAAAAAAUUCAAAUCACCAUUUUGCCGUAUUCUCCUUCUAGUGGUCUCAUAUUGCAAAAACUAAAAUCGCCGUGAAAAAAAUUGCAAGAUCUACUGUUUAUCAUUAAUAUUGUAUCCUUGUCUUAUUUUGCAUUAUUUUAAGUAUUAGAAGUUUUAAAAGAAAUAACUUGAAUCUACUGUUGAUAAUACUCUCAGCAGUGACAAUUUCUGUCGUCUUACCCAAAUUGGAUCAGUACCCAAAUCGGAUCACUUUUUGCAAAAAUACUUUGAAAUAUCCUUAGAAUAGAUAACCAUGCACCAUUUUGUUGUCUACAAAUAGUAAGUGUUUCAGUAAAUGAAUAUAAUUCAUCCUCAGAAUUUUCAAUGAAUGAAUAAAAUGAUGGUUUGGUGAUCCGAUUUCUCCUUAGACGAUAUCAAACUGAUAAAGCUCAAACUGACAAUAUUUCACAUAUGGGUCAAAUAAGCGGCAAUAUAAGGAAUUGAUCUGGAUGUUUCCAACAUAAGAAAGUAUCAACUGAGGUGAACUUACUUACACAUAUACUGUAUUAUCCAUGAAUUUCCAUGAACAUGACGCACUCAGCAUGUAAACUCUAAGCCUAGGCCUACACACGCCGCACAUAGCAAGGCCGAGACUACAAACAACCGAACCCAAGGUUGGAAUUACGACACAUAAUGUUCCUUCCAUGACAUACGAAUUAAAGUUCUUUCAUAUUAUUUAUCCAUGAAUGAUCCACGACACAAAAAACGUCUAGCUACUGAAAAAUUUGCACGUGAAUUAGUUUCGAGAUUCCUGAAAUGACGUUGCGAUGUUACGUCAUAUUUUACUACACUAAAGUUAUGAAUGAAUGAAAAAAUGUUUAAAUGAUGUUUUUUGUUUUCCUUUCCAUUGAUAGUGAUAUGGAAUUAUAGGGAUUGAAUCUGGAUAUUUCCAGUGUUCAUGCAAGUAUAAACGGGUACAAAUUUACUUACACACUUCAUAUGAACGGCAUUCGCUUCGCUACGACCGCUCAUAUGGUGUGUUAGUUAAUUUCCGCCCGUUCAUACUUGCAUGAAUACUGGAAAAAUCCAGAUUCAAUCCCUAUAUUAAUAUUUAAUGAGACAGUGAAGCCAAAUCACCGUGCUCGUAUUUAUUUGGUAUAUACUGUAAUCCACAUUGACCUUAAUUUUGUAAUCGUGAAAGACAUUGUGGACCGAUGGAGCUUUUCCCAUUAGUUUUUCAACAUUCGACUUGUACGUUCACUUUGCAUUCUUUUUCCGCCAACUUUAUAUUUCCUUCCGUCCUCCAGCGUAUUUUCGUUAUAUUCUUUGCUCCAACUUCAUUUAUCUCCCUUGUUUCUACACGAGUCACACAAGCUACACCAAAGGUAAAAGGCUAAGGUUCAAAUGUAAUCAUUGAGAUGUAUGUAUUUUGUAACAGGUUUUUCACGCUCUCAAUAUGGUUUAAAAAGUACCCGAUGUUAAUCAGAUCAAGAUGUAAAUAUUUUCAAAAGGCAAAUAUAAUAAUAAUUAUCAUGUUCAUUGAAUAUAAUAUGUAUACCAUCGUGUUCAAUAUCAUAAUUAAAACAGUUCAAAAGGUCGAUCCUAACUAAACUGUAUAACAAUUUGCUUACAUUCUCCCAACCUUCACAUUGUUGGUAGCCUAAGGUAUGGCAAAAUUGUAAUUAUAAUAUACAUUUGUUAAUAAAUAAUUUUAUUCAAAUUGUAUUUGUGUCUUCAUUGGCACGAUUGUCAAGAACCUAUUUAAUAAUCAACUAAUGUGAUAUUUAUAUGAACAACUAAAUGUUUUUUAGUAUUGAUAUACAUUCAUGCAGAGCGGCAGAGACAAAGGCGAAAUUAAUCCGCCAUCCUUGUUGUCGUGCUCGCAUACUUAUAGACACGAGAAGCUUAAAUUGGGUUAGAGAACAGGCAAAUUAAAUUAUCAUUCUUUACCUUGGGGUUAUUACCAAGAAUCUAAACUGAGUGAGUAGAGGAUCCCCGCAAAUCCACCAAAAACUGUAAAUAUACAUUUUAAUUUUUUUUUUCCUGCUUCACUAUAUGUUUGACAGAUCAUUUCGGAAAGGAAAAUAAUGACUUGCGUCACAUGUAUGAGAAUACAAUAAAGAUAAAAUUUAACAAAAAUUCAGCAACAUUUUUCUGAGUAUAAAAAUAAUACUGGCCAGACUAAGAUUAAACCACCCAUCAUUAGACAUUUGUCCCAUUAAGUGAGCUACAAUUGUACCUGGUCUACCCUGUUACGUGUAGUAUAGCCAACACGAAAUAAGGGGAGGUUACUGCAUAUACAAAAACUAAUAAGGGGAGGUUACUGCAUAUACACAAAAUCUAAUAAGGGGAGGUUACUGCAUAUACAACAACUAAGAGUAACUAUCUGGAGUUUUGCCUGCGGUACGGCAGUGAUCCUUCAAUUCUUGUAUCCUUUGUGUCAAGAUUAUUUUGUUAUAUGUAAUUUGUUAUCAAUUGUUAAUUUUUCAUGUCAGUCGUACAUGCUUAGUUGAAUUUGUAUUCACACACUUUUAUUUUUAUUUAUUUAAUUUAAAUUACCUAUUCAGCUUUGUAUCUCGUAAACUUACAUCACUCAUUGUGUGUUGUCCUACCGUACGUUAAGCGGCCUAUUGAAUAAGGUUUUAUGAUUUUAAGCACAUUUAUUAUGUUUAAAUAUCACUCGUGAUUGAAGUAUAACCACUUUUUUCCACUGGAUUUUUUUCGUUAUUUUUGCUCAUUCACAGGGUAUAAUCGUGAAUGCGGUACUUUGAUACAUGUGUUAGUUUGGCACGUGUACAUUUAAACUGUGAUAUAAACCGCAAUGCAGACUUGUAUCACUACUACUUCGGUAACGUCAUUAGCAUUUGCCUAGCUUAUCUCAUAUGAUGUGGUAAUGCAGACAUGCGAUUGUUUGACAAAGACUGUGUCUUAAGGACUUGUGUACUACUAUAAGUUGGGUACAGAUGAUAAAUGGAUGUCUCUAAAUAUACUAAAAACAGACAGUAGUGUCGCCUUUGUUUACUGAAAAUCGAGAUACAUCUUUGAAUGUUUUCCGGGAUUUUUUCUUAGAUCAGCGGAUCACAAAAUAUUAUUGCUUGUAAAAUUGAAUUUCCAACGUUUUGGCCACUGGGAUCACCGAUGUCACUUACAUGUUGUAAAAAGACGACACAGCUUUGUAUUGCAGUGUUAUUUUUUUCGCAUACUGUAUCAAGUUUUAAAAAGUGCAAUCACCUGUGUGUGUAAUGUUCAUCUUUGACCGAAAAUGUAGAGCCGCUAAAAUAUCUGGCAAUACGUAUAUAUCAAAAUUGUUAUAUGAUUACAAUAGGAUAAAAUAUGCAUUAAAUUACUUAAUCAGGGAUUCAUAUGUAAAUGUGUAAAAAAAAAUCAAUGUUAUUGCAUUAAUAUCUAUGCUAAAUUAAAAGGUACCUAUUAUGUCGAUAAGGAAUGUAAUUUAAAUUGUACGUUAGUGUGUAUUUUAAAUAGAUUUAUUCCUUUGUUCCUAUUGUAAAAUAUCUCUUUGACGUUAUUUAUUUCAUCUGUCAUCGAAAUAUACAUUUAACAUCGAUUAUUUGUCUGAAGUCACAGUUUGAAUCUCAAAUUGAAUAUUGUAUAGAUCAAUAAAGUCAACACUUUGCCCAUAUUAAAUUUGAAAGUAUUUUAAUCUCCAGCCAGUCAAUCAAUAUUUUUCAAUUUCCUUCUUACUCGAUCUGUGUGGCAUGAAUUGUUUAUAGAAAAGAUGUGAUCAUAUUUAUAUUUGCAACAAAACUGAAACGGCAAUCAACGAAUUUAUUAAAAGAUUUAAAAAGUAUUCUGCUAUGUCCUAAAGCAUUAAGCUGGUUUUAAAAAAAUCGUUAUUAAAAAUAUUCGUAAGACACGACGAUUUUACUGAUGGAUGGCAAUUUUCACUAUUUAUAUGUAAUAAAUUUGUAACACAAACGCAUGUGUCUUUUAAAGAAGACAAAAGAUCAUUCAUAAAAUGAGUCAGCGAUGUCUUAUAAAUUGUAGCUUGAUAAAAUACGAAUUAACUAUAUGUAAGAUCCCAUACUUGUAUGUAACAUUCUAUUACUCGAGGGCAGACGAGCAUUUGAUCUUGAUAUAAUCGUUUUUAUAAAUUUAUAUUUAAAGCAUGUUCAAAGGUCCGAUAUAUGUAGCCCAAGAACCCAUGGAUUCGAACCCACGUCUUCUAUCACGUAUCACGCUAUUAAAUAUCGUUCACCUUGCCCCCAAUCAAUUUUUAUUUUAGUGUGAUACAAAGUUUAUCAAAGAAAUAAGAACCAGAGAACAUUAAGGUAUACUAUAUACGUACUGAAUACGCAGAUGCUUAAAAGUUCGUUACGUUUCGAGAAGACUGCUGACAUCCUUUUUCAUCACUUGCUAGACAUAAUCCACAUCCUGACGUUCGUAGUCAUUGAAAUGUUAAAUAGUCUGCCUAAUGAAUAAUCGAAAUAUUAAUCAAUAUACAGGCAAAAAGGAACAUAUUAUAAUAUGGUGAUCACGAGUACUGUUCACGAAUAAUUAAAAUUUCAUUGAGAUAUUAGAGUGACAAUUGUUUUAUGAAUCUGUUUUUAGAAAGAAAAAAAAGAUAAAUGUCAUUAUCGGCUCUUUCAUUAUCACAAUGUAAAAAAAUCGGAAUUUAAUAAGAGGAUUAGGGACGUGUCCGAUAUUAUACCAGUCUUACUUUCUAAUUUCAUAAUAACCUAACUCAAUAGAAUUAUUUGAUUUCCCUAUUUAUGAGCUAAAAUGUGAAGUAAACAAUUAUGUAGACAAUUUCAUGCAUAAAUGAGAAGUACAUUCAUUAAUUGGCUUUGUUGUACAAAAUGCCUCCUAAAUA